GAUGUAGAAAAAUAAGCCACUGGCGCGAAAUGGGUUGGACGUGUUUGGCUUGGAUCUAUUAAAAUAUUUUGUCCAGUGAAUGUGUUUAACUGUAAUGAUCAGACUUUUGUGAAGUGUUAAGUACGGAGAUAGUUGUAUAUAUAUUACAUAGCAACUUUUGACACAAAGACCGACGCCUUUGACAGGAAUGGUUCAAAUAAUAGUAAGAAGCAGCGAGGAUGCGAGUAAGCCUCCUGAGUGGUUACUGGUGGAGUUGCAGGGGGAGAUGGUGUCCCGCCAUAACUCCGGCCUGGCAGGGAAUGUAAUGGGAGAUCUGCUCUACACCAAAGAGGGGGUGCCAGUGCUCAUAGUUGGCCAUCACAUCCUGUAUGGCAAACAUGUCAAACUUGAGAAGCCGUUUGCGGUUCUGAUCAAGCACCCUGGACACUCUCGGGACAUGGUUGAUGAUGCCCCUGAAGCCGUGGAGGGAGAACUACAGGCUCCUAACUCCACAACAUACUCUGUGACCGCUUUAAUCAAGAAGAAACUUAUCUUCAAAACACGACCCAAACCCAUCAUCACCAAUGUGCCCAAAAAGGUGUAAGCUCCAGUGGACAAAGGGCGAAAGACUGAACAUGAUUCUUAUUCAAAGUUUAGGAAGUCCACAUAGGAAGAGUCUACAUGGACUUUGUAACAGAGAUUUUGGCAUGAAUGUUUGUUUGAAUUUGUUUAUUGUGUAAUAGUUUUAUUGCGUUUGAAAGACAACACACAUAUUAAAUAUAUAUUCUCUCUGAAAUUAAUAAAACAUUUCGACAGCUA